UUUAGUAUUGCCUCAGAACUCAUUCGACGAGGACACCGUGCGACGCUCUGAGAGAUUGACGCUGUUUCUUCCAUGCAUUGCGCCGUUUGGCCAACUUGGUUUUUAAGCUAACUAAAUUCGUAUCAUCAAUAGUGGUGUGUGCCUUAUUGGGGAAUAAACAAAGUGUUUUACCUAUUUUUUUAACUUGAUCUGGACAAUUACGGGAAUAGUGCUGUUGUAGUACUGGCGUUUGAAGGGUGCCUGGUGCGUGGCAAAAAUUUGGACAUUCAUGCAAUUGUAUACCACAGUGGAAAAGUCUGAUAAAUUGUGCCUUCUUGAUUACUUGUUAAUUGAGCUUCACAAAAUUAAUUACAACACUAAUUAGUCUUCUGUGUCCCUAAAACUCAAUCAAAAUUGCAUUCAUUGGUAGUUUUGUCCGUUAUCUUUUGGAUUGAAAAAUCAUCACUCUUCGUCAUCUUCAUUAAGCACGUUUGCAUAAACUUGGUUUGCUACUGAAGCAAUUUUGGAAUUAUUGGCUGACCAGAAUUUGCGGAUAAUAUUUGCUGAGUGGGAGCAAAUUAAAGAUAUAGCUACGUUGUGAAUGUGUUCAGCAGUACAUUUAUUGCGAGUUUGCAACAGUUGAGCAGACUAUGUAAGACUCCUGCGUGUAUUAUCUUUGCAUGACACUUGGACUUGUUAUUGUUCCUUAUGAAAUCCUUAAUCAAGCAAGAAAUUUAAGAACCAGAAGCUGCUGAUGUUAAUACUGUGCCCGAGUAUUGUUCUAUUUAUGAAUGAUUAACUUUAUCAACAAUUCAAUAGUGCAGGUAGAAGAGACGAAUGAAUAGCCAAUUGUUGCCCGAUUGUCUCCUAAUUUCUACCUUUGUUCUAAAUCAAGAGUCGAAACUCAAUGGACAAUUUACUACUGCGACCAACACGCAACCAAUCACAACCGUUGGCUUAUCGUUGAAAGUGCAUGCAUGCUGAUUUGCUGAACAAUAAGAGUAAAGUUUCAAUAAGAACCCUUCACAAGAGCAAAGUAGGAAUAAGUAAUGUGUUUUAGCGGCUAGUUAACUCUUAAAAUUGCGAAUUAUCAAUCUCGCCCUUGUGGUCACAUAGCAAGUAAAAGGGCGAGUAAACGGUCUAUAAUUUGCCUUCAAAGGUGAAACCGCCUUGGAACUAAUUGAAUUAAAUACUUUAAAAAAAUUGGAAUUGUUGAAUUCAAGGGUUCGUUGAAAAGUACAAAUUACGUAAAGAAAAAAAAUCAAAGUGCAUUUUUGAUAACUCUUCACGGUGAUGCAUUUGAAUUGUGCUGUGGUUUAUUCGAAUCCAACUUUGGCAUUGUAAAUUAAUUUUGUUGUGUUGUUAGACUGACCUGAUAAAAUCUAACCUUGGAUUUCUGUUUCUCGUUGAAACCCACUAUCCGUGAAAUAAUUACAUUAGUAUGACUGGAGUCCAGAAUUUGUGAUAAAUUUGGUACUAUUUCAGCCAAGUAAGACCAUGGUGUGAAAUUCGCGUCGUAUUAUAUUACACACAUAUAACUACAUCGUAUUCUACUACGUAAUACUGGGAAUAAUAAAACUUGAAGGAUUGGAUCGUUUUACCGGUGGCAAUGAAAACGAGGAUGACGGUCAUCAGUUACCAACCAGUAAUGUAAUUCGAGGGAGAGGAACAUCUCAUCAAGAGGUUAAAUAUCCAUCAAAAUCCAAACGCAGAGUCAGUAAAAUGAAGUCCAAUUACAACUUUUACCUCACUGUGGUCAUUUCUCAACUGGUUCUUGUCGGGGUGUCCGCCUCAUGGCAGGACGGGACUCAAGUAAAAUCCUCUUUCAGACAAGAUGAACUUGACAAGUUGGGAAGCUUUGAAGGUCAUCCAGAGGACCACUUAACACUGCUGAGGUUGACACGGGAGAGCGUGGUGGUGGGGGCAAGGGACGCCUUAUACAAUUUUUCAAACAAUGAUCUCACUCAAUACUCGAUGCUUAACUGGACAUCUCAACAUGCUUUCGUGGAGACAUGUCAAAUCAAGGGACAAGAUGAAUCUAAAUGUCACAACUUCAUCCGCGUGUUUCACGGCCCAGUUUUCAACUCUCAUUAUAUCGACGGAAAUCACCAGCCCAAGGCAUUAGCCUUUUCUUCUGCAGCCAUCGGCUCCAGCUCCAGCUCCAACUCAGGCCUUCGGGAAGUGAACGAAGGUCAAUAUCUCGUCUGCGGGACGAAUGCCUUCAAACCAACGUGCCGAUGGUAUUCGCCAAAUUUGGAGACGUACUCGAAGGAAUUUCCCGGUGUUGGCUACUCCCCCUUCGACCCCACACACCCCUCCACCUCCGUCCUCCACCACGACUCCGUCUACACCGCCACAGUCGCCGACUUUGGUGGCACGGACGCUCUCAUUUACAAACAACCUUUGCGAACAGAACAAUACUUUGACGUCCAUUUGAACAGUCCGGCGUUCGUGUCUUCCCUAAGUUUUGGGGAUUUAGCCCUCUUCUUCUUUAGGGAGGCAGCAGUGGAACAUGGAAAUUGUGGAAAGGCAGUUUUCAGCCGAGUGGCCAGAAUUUGUCGACACGACAAUGGGAGCCGGAAGCAUGACAGAUUCACCACAUUCUUGAAAGCGAGACUGAAUUGCUCCAUCCCUGGAGAGUACCCGUUUUAUUUUGACCAUAUACAGGGAACUACCGACAUCUUCAUGAACAAUGAGCGCCGAGAAGAAAUGCUCUACGCUGUAUUUACAACCCCACCAAACAGCAUCGGAGUUUCUGCAGUGUGCUCCUUUUACAUGAGAGAUAUCUUAAAAGCCUUCGAUGGUCCUUUUAAAGGUCAUACGUCGCUGAACUCAAAUUGGCUCCCAGUUCCAGAUAACGAAGUCCCAUCACCACGCCCAGGAAAAUGCUCCAAUGACCCAAAUAGUCAACCAGACUCUGCUUCGGUCGCAUUCCUCAAGGGUCACCCGUUGAUGGACGAAAGCGUUCAAGGCACUCCUCUUUUGACAUUUACAUCCAGUAAUAAAUUCACUUCCAUUGAUGUUGACCACUCCCCGGAUGUGGCACCAUACCACAUCAUAUAUAUUGGCACCGAAUCUGGAAAAGUUUUGAAGGCUGUAGUAAAUGCCAGCGAUUCAGCCCGACUGAUUGAUUUGAACACUUUUUCUGAAGAUUUUAGUGUCAUUUCGCAAUCAUGGAACAUGUUUCCGAACCAGAAAAUCAAAUCCGUCCGUCUCCUCGACCCGUACAGACUUCUUGUCCUCACAGAGAGCGAAAUGACUGUUAUUCGAGUUGAUAAUUGUGGAAAGUUUUCUAAUUGUAAACAAUGCCUGGAGAUAAGAGAUCCACAUUGCGGUUGGGAUAAACUGAGUUCUCAAUGCGUGGCAAAAAAUCCUUCAAUUUCUGACAAAGAUAGAGAUGAGAAUCUUAUCCAGGACAUCAGUGGGGGUUCAAUUCAUCUUUGUCCUGCAGAGGACAUAGCAAGAAACGAGAUAGUAGCAGAUGCUAAUCAUCUUAAAAGUAUUAUUGAAGAAGAGUUGAACUCGAAAGCUGAUGGAGAGUGUUGCACUUGCACGACGACUUCAACAACUGAGUCGUCCAGAUCAAAAGGGCGUAACGAAAACGAAAUACUGGAAAUCGUGAUCCGACCUCAACCAAAUCAAUCAUUCUUCAACAAUGAGAAUGAUGUGUCCCGAAUCCCAAACGCCAACAUGGAUCAAGAAUUAGAUUUCACGACUUCCUACGUGCGCGGCGACGUCACGAGCCAGUCAAUCGCUUUGGCUACCGUUUCAUCUGCCGUCUUGGCUCUUCUCGUCGGGUUCACGUUGGGCUUCUUAGUUUGUAAACUUAUCGCCAACCAUCAGAGCAAGACCCCAACAUCAACAAAUGCCCAGUUGGCAGCCACUUUAAACGAGUCGCAAAGGCUGACCAGCAAGCCAAUAGAUUUUGUAGUGAAUGUUCCCAAAAACCCUUUAAAGAACAAUUUAAAUACGACAGACACACUGGAGAAAACAGUGAAGAAAAUUUACCUCUAGUUCCACUCAUUUAAAUUCGUCGUCACCGUCGCCGUCGUAGACAAUCAUUGUUAUUAUUGCAUUUAAUUAAAUUAAUCACGCUGAAAUACAAAGAUUCUACGCAUAUAUGUAGUUAGUUACAGUGGAUGAUGAUAAUUGUUGAUACUGCGGCGAGAUUGUGAUUGAGGUUGACUUUAUGUAUAAGCGAGACUGAUACAACCAGUGCUUUUUGAGGUACAAAAACAAUUCAACUUGAACAAAUAUAAUUUCCAAUUUCAAUUCCUCAAUUUUUGUUACCCAAAAUUUUCCAAAUGUUUAAACAAAAAAAUUUUCUCAGGUUUGAAGCUAUAUAAAAGUGUGCCUCAUAUAAUAAAGCCUCUCAUUAUUAUUAUUAUUAUGAGCAAAUAUCAAAUUUUACUGAAAGGAAAUUGUAUGUAAAGCUGUAAAACGGAAUGUACAUUACAUGUACAAAUGUACAGAAUAUUUAAUGAAUUGUUUUAAAUGGUGAUUAGACACUUGUGAAUUUUUCUGUAUUUAUGUAUGUAUGUACAUCUUCUAUCCGCCAUAGAACGCGUUCAUAAAUCACAUAUUUUUAGGCAAGGGAGAAACUAUUUUUUUAUACUUUAUGAUUUCAAUAAUCAGUAAUCAAUCACCCAUCAUUAUGUGCCUCAAUCUAUAUGAAUCAGAACUAUAAAUUACUUAAUGCUCCUACAUUAAAUGUCUGUAUUACGUACAUGUAUGGUAUUAUUUAGUAAUUUUAGUAAUUGUGUAAAAUAUUUUUCAAUUUGUUUAAAUAUUUAGCAAAACGGUAUGAAUGAAUAAUUACGAAUUUUGAAAUACAAAAGCCCUGACAGUGCCUUCAACUGUAUAUUUCUGUUAUAUAAAGUUAUGUAUAAGGACCAUUGAGCUAAGUAGCCAAUCUGUUGUAAUAUUAUAAAUUUGUUGAUUUAUUCAAAGUUUUAAUGAAAUGGGUGUGUAUGGUUGACAACAAUUUGGAUGAUGGUCUUGGAUUGAUAAACAGCCAUACAAAUGUAUGUAUGUAUGUACAUUAUAAGAAUCGCUUUUGCGUAUAUUCUAUCAAUUGAGUUUAAUUGCUAAUAAUACUUCUCUCAUGUGUUCAUUUUUUUUUAACUUUUAGAUAUUUUACUUUUAUAUGUUUUACUUAGAAAAGUAUUAUUUUAAUAGUUUUGGAACUAUUCAUAUACCGGUUGAUUUCCAUAUUAUGUACGUAUGACAUUCACAACCACAAUCGUAUGUUUUAAGUUAAUUACGUUCAUUUAAGCAAAUCCACCCACCUGAAGAUCUUAGUUGUAAGUCUACAUGUACACCAUCAAAAUCUUGUAUUGGCACAUGACGAAUAGGAGAAGUUUAAAUUAAAAUAUUGGUAUGAAAAUUUUGUUAAAAGAAGAUGAAAGGUUAAAGACUUUUGAAGAUUAUUACUUAUGAACGAGCAAGGACAGACAUUUAAAUAAAUUAUUAUGGAAUCUGUUAUACUUCAUAUAUCGACAGAUUUGAUGAAUCAAACAGCUUCGGAAAAUGUGUUGAACAGAAAUAAAAUGUGAAAUAAAAAAUAUAGAAAUGAAAAAGUA